AUGGCUGACUCCCGCCCUGCUCCUCUUCGCCUCGGCAGCAUCGCGCCCAACUUCCAGGCCGACACGACCAACGGCCCGAUCGACUUCCACGAAUUUGUCGGCGACAACUGGGUCGUCUUCUUCUCGCACCCCGAGGACUACACCCCCCUGAUCGGCCUCUCGGCCAACACGCUCGGCAGCCACGAGGGCUGGAUCAAGGACAUUGACGAGGUGACGGGCUCGUCCGUCAAGUUCCCCAUCAUCGCCGACAAGGAGCGCAAGGUCGCCCUCGCCUACGACAUGAUCGACCACCAGGACGCCACCAACGUCGACGAGAAGGGCACCGCCUUCACCAUCCGCUCCGUCUUCAUCAUCGACCCCAAGAAGACCAUCCGCACCAUCCUCUCCUACCCCGCCUCCACCGGCCGCAACUCGGCCGAGGUCCUUCGCAUCGUCGACUCGCUGCAGACCGGCGACAAGCACAAGAUCACCACCCCCAUCAACUGGGUCCCCGGUGACGACGUCAUUGUCCACCCCGCCGUCAAGAACGAGCAGGCCAAGGAGCUGUUCCCCGAGUUCCGCAUCGUCAAGCCCUACCUGCGCUUCACCCCUUUGCCCAAGGAGAAGGCGACCGUCGCGUAA